AUGGACAAGGUUGCUGCCCCGAACAAUGAUGAAGCGAGGGUGGAAAUUCCACCACCAAUUGCUGUUCCACAAGAAAAGUCAUCAGCGAUGGAAAAAGUGUCGAUUCCGGCCGAAAGAGAAAAGAAUAUUGGAGAACGGAAGACUGGAUACGAGUACUCAAUUAUUGUUAUCAACUACAAACCUGGACUUAAAUUUGGAUUAGGAAUCAAGAAUGUGUAUAAGAAUGUCUUUGUCAUUAAGGCGGAAGAAAAUUCAUUGGUCACGGGACUAUUCAACGUGGCUGAUCGUAUUAUUGAUGUUGAUGGAGAGCCAGUUCAUGAGAACCAGAAGUGUAAGGUUCUUCUGGUGAAGGCGUUGAAAGAAAAGAAGAUUGCGUCGUUGUUGAUUGAGAGAGGAAUCACUGAGAAGGCGUUGAAAGAUGCCACUGACGAAAUGAACGAAGAGCACAAUCAGUCAGUGAUGGCUCCUCCAGAUGUCAGAAGUAUCAUGAGAAAACUAGAAGCACAUCGUCAUCUUCGCAAAUCACCGUCUCUGGAAAGUGCUGCAGUUCCCGGUUCAGCUGUUCCGAGUGCAUUGACAAAGAAUAAAGAUGGAAAAGUGGAAAGAAAAGCGUGUAUUUUGGAAGAUGGGCACAAAUCGGUCAUUAUUCGUAUGGAUAAUGAGGAGAAUCGAGACAAACUCAAAAGAGUCGAACCUAAAGAGCCGAGAAAAGUUGAGCCAAAAGUUGAGUCAAAGACACCACCAAAACAAGAGAAACAAGAAGUUAAACCGGAACCAAAACCAGAAGCCACGCCUGAAACGAAACCUGAGACAAAAUAA